AUGAAUACUAACUCUCUUGUUCUUGCUCCUGGGGGCGACGUGAUUUUAGUCGUAGGUGGGAAGCGAUUUCGCAUACAUGUGGACUCUCUCUUUCUCAAACGGCAUUCAACGGUUUUUGCAGCUCUACUUGGUCCAAACUUUCGCGAAGGUCAAGAUUUGAAUACCUCAUCUCCAAGGGAGAUUCCCUUACCGGAUGAUGAUCCGUAUGCAAUGACCACUAUCUGUGCGACGAUGUACCACGACUUUAGUAACAUUCCGCGAAGUCUAACAACAGACCUAGUUCCUAGCAUAAUGAGACACGGGGAUAAAUACAAUUGUCACGAUGUUCUUACCCUAGCAUCCUAG